AUGACCUCCCCCAACAAAGACAUCACAAUGUCCCAACCAUCCUCUAUGUCCACUUUGAUCACAGAGGCCAUAUUGAAAGAACCAGUCACACAGGACCCCCGUGGUAUUACACCAGCAACUAACCCACCAUCAACCACCUCCAUGGCAGAAGCUUUCAAUAAUGCAUUGGCGCAACAAGCAUCACAGUUUGCAACCAUCAUAAAAACUCUUGAGAAGAAAAUUGAAGACCUUUCUGUUCCUGGAAGCAACGCUAAAAUCAACCAUCCACCACCAGUUGAAAAGACACAGGCUUCAAGCAUGGCUUCUUCCUCUUGUGCAUAUCAAGGCUUGACUCCCUCAACAUCUAAAUCAAAUCAUAGCCUACCCCGCAAAGGCACAACUGUACCCUUGACUUCAUCACAGAAAAUCAGACGGCCCAUCCCUCGCAAGCGGCAUCUGCUCCAGGUGGCAUCAAGUGUCUUUCCAGUGGACUUUCAACAAUGA